AUGGACGACAAGUCUGACGAGAAACCAACGUUUACGUUUAAGAAAGUCACACGGAAACGGGCAGUCCGUAAACAGAAAAGUGACAGUAGUGAUGGUGAUUCAAGUAGUAACAGCAGCGAUGAUGGAAAUAUUGCAGUACGACAGUCAACAUCAAAGAGACGUAACAAUCCCAUGAUACAGUCGACAAAGAGGGUUAAACUUGGAGCAGGGGGUUCUCGAAACAGUUCAUCAGAUGACGAUGACAGUGAUGCUGGCACUAACAGUCUGACGGUGUCUUAUAAAUCAACAAGAUCAGGGAAAAGAGAGGGGCCUGAUGAUAUGGGGGCGACGUCAGUCGUUGAGAUCGACACACAGACAGACAGAGAUGCACAAGCCAUAAUUCAGCGUGGCAUACAAGUACAGAAAGAGCUAAAAGAGAAAGAGGAUGACAAGAUAUAUAGAGGACUUAACAACUACCACCAGUACUUUGAGAAAAAGAUUCAGUUCAAGGAAAUGCAGAGAGCGGCAAAAAUAGGUAUACAUAUUUGUUUAUUCGGACCCCUUCGUGCCCCGGCUAACCUUAGGUCGACAGUGCGGUGGGAUUAUCAACCUGACAUCUGUAAGGAUUACAAGGAGACCGGAUUCUGUGGAUUUGGCGAUUCAUGUAAAUUUCUUCAUGACCGGUCUGAUUACAAACAUGGAUGGCAGAUUGAACGAGAAAUGGAAGAAGGAACUUAUGGACAGAAAGAUGAGCAGAAUUAUGAAAUCAGCAGUGAUGAAGAUGACUUCCCGUUUAAGUGCUUCAUCUGCCGAAACUCCUUCACAAACCCUGUGAAGUGUGCACUGAGUAACUACAAGAAGUCCAAACGGUGUUUUGUUUGUGCUGAACCAACUGGAGGGAUUUUCAAUCCUGCUAAAGAACUAAUGUCCAAGCUAGAGAAAAGCAAGAAACUUGAAGAUCUUCCUGGUGAUGAUGAUUCUGACGAGACUUGA